CAGAUACCUCGGUAACCAUCGGCUCGCGCGAAACCAAUGCGCUCCUAUUACUAACGACCAAAACUGUCGACUAUGGAUUGAGCGUCUACCACCCGACUGCACAUACCAAGAUCUGCUGUCCGCAAUCCGGGAUGUAGGCCCUAUAUACGCCACGCACAUUAUACCCCCUAUGGCCGAGAUUAGAGACGUCAGAGUACGUCCCAUUCCAACGUCGGCAGCCUCCGUUACUUUCUUCAGUCACUACGACGCUAACUUCUUCUUGGCCAAACAUGCGGCGAUUCAAUUCAUGGUCAAUGGAUACAGAGCUACAAUCCAUAAGCACCGUAUCCGAACAGUCUCAAUAGAUGUCAACGGCCAGUCUCGUGUACUCAUCAUAAGAGGCCAUCCGUACUGCGUUGAUCCUCAGUGGCUUACUUGGCUUUUCACAGAAAAGUUCAAGAUACACUAUGACACAGACUAUCUGAUCUACACCCCAGGCAGAGUCACCAGUGAAGUCAUUUGGGCCUUUGGAAGUUUCCGGGCACAGGCUCAUACAAUAUAUAACCGUCUAACCCAAGAGUUUUCCAACUCCAUGACAGUUACGUAUGGAACAGACCCUUGCAGUGUCAAUGGAGCAUAGGGUGAAGUCAUUAUAUCCGAUGGUGUCCAUAUACCAAGAGGAUAACAUGGCAAAAUCAAUAGAGACAGCUAAAUAAUGCGCUACAUCGCCGUACGUAUAAGACUUAAUAGGAAGGGUCCUAGUUUCUCAAACAGCGUUUUCUAUAACUAUACGCAUAAGGGAAGAAAUUCGCAGUUACCAGAAGUCUGAUAAUUUUCUAUUGCAGCAACGGGUCGCUUAUAUACGGA